GACGAUCGAUCAGAGCCUUCAUCACCUGAAUCAGCGUACGACGAUGGCCAACUACUGAAUCCGAACAUGAAUGAUGAGAUUACCAAUCAGUUAGCAAUUUCAGGUCCGGUUGGUGUAGCGGCUGCUGCUGCUGUGGCUACUGGCCGUAAGCGUAAAAGAGGCCACACGUUUGAGACCAAUCCAUCCAUUCGUAAAAGACAACAGACUCGUCUUCUACGGAAGAUGCGUGAUGUUUUGGAUGAAUAUACCGUUCGCGUUGGACAACAAGCCGCGAUAAUAUGUUGUACACCAAGCAAGCCCAAUGAGAUUUUCAAAGCUUUUGGCGCAAAGCCGUUAGAAGAUGUAUUAAGAAAUCUAAAACCGGUAAUCAUGCAAAAUUUAGAUAAUGCUUUACAACAACAAGCACCCCAAGUACAGCAAGAUAACACUGGCUUAUUCGAGUUACCACCUCUUGUUUGCGAUGGGAUACCUACUCCAGUAGAUAAAAUGACUCAGGCGCAGUUGAGGGCAUUUAUUCCAUUAAUGCUCAAGUAUUCUACUGGCCGUGGUAAGCCUGGAUGGGGCAAGGAAUCGUUAAAACCUGCGUGGUGGCCCAAAGAUUUACCUUGGCAAAAUGUACGAAGUGAUGCUAGAAGUGAAGAAGAGAAACAACGUGUUCCCUGGACGCAAGCAUUAAGGGAUAUUAUUAAAAGUUGUUACAAACAUCAUGGACGGGAAGAUCUUCUACCUGAAUUUACUGAU